AUGUCAGAUACUUGUAUUGUCUGUUUAGGCGACCUUGGUGAAGGGGCGGGUGAUCCUCUUGAGCCUGUGAGCAUUGACCAAAAGGAUGGCAAUGUCACUGGGCUCGAGGACUCCCAGAUCGCUCAGUUACUUCCCUGUGGUCAUGUCUUACACAAUAUUUGCUUAAAGCCAUGGGUUGAACGCGCAAAUAGUUGUCCAAUAUGUCGUCGCAGCUUCAAUAUGGUGGAGUUGAGCGACCAAGUCGGAGGAACCGUUAUUUCGUCCUAUGCUGUUGAAGACCGAACACAAGUGGCAGACCUUGACCCGUCUAUGAUUAUUGAAUAUGCGGAGGAUGACUUGGCCGACUUCCAGCCAUGUACAAUUUGCGGACAGGAUGAUAACGAGGAUGUCCUCCUCCUAUGCGAUGGAUGUGAAGCACCGUCUCACACUUACUGUCUAGGCUUGGAUGGGAUUCCCGCGGGGGAAUGGUACUGUCAACAAUGCGAGUCGCAACGUGCUCUGAGGCCGGCCGCGCCCCCGCGCCCAUCCCGGGCGCCCGAGCAGCGCAGUCGUCGAACUCGGGCCCAACGGAGGCAGCUCCAGGCUCGAAACCAGAUGAACUCUCAACACUGGGCCCGAGUAUGGCAGUCUGUCUGGGAUCAUUUGAAUAUCGAUCUCGAUUUUCCGUUUGAUGACGAUCGAUCUGUUGAACGUAUGCUGCAACAACGCCGUCGCGAAGAGGCAAACCAGCGCGAAUUCCAAGCAUGGCAACGUCGAUUUGAAAUAGCCGAACGACAAGGCGGAGGCAACCGGUUCCGCGACAGCGCAUCACUGUUCGACCUUGACCAUGCCCGACCAUCGCGACCUCGGGCUCCUAGAGCUCCAACACCCGCGCCCGAGUCCCUGGAGGAGAUGCGGGCUUGGAACGCAUUUGAAAGGGCUCGGGAAAUUGAGAACAACCCAAGCGCAGCCAGAAAGCGCAAAGAGCCUACCAUGUCGCCGUCUCCCGAGCCCACCGAGCCAGAGCGCAAGCUGAAGCGACCUCGAACAAGACGGCCACAGGAGCUCGCGGCUCUGGCACAGCAGACCCAAACCGGUGAAUCAUCCAAAACUGGGAGCUCCAGUGCUCGGCUGAAUGGCGACAACUCCGCUGGACCAAGCUUCUUGUCAUCGCUCUUAAAGGAGGUUGAGGACGCACCGAGUCUUACCAAUUCAUACGGACCUUCGGCUUCAACGUCUGUCGCUCCUACCGACCGCCCAUCUCCCGGUCCAUCCUCUCCAUCAAUCUCGCCCUCCUCGUCUCGUUACUCCUCCCCUCUCCUCUCGGCGGCCACACCGCCACCUUUCUCGCGGAGCCGCCCCAUCUCUCCACUUCAGCUGUCCUCCCCCGCUGAACCAACAUCACCUCCCUUCUCCCCCGAAAUAUCCUCUUCCGGUAGCCCAACGGCGGUUGGCGCGGAAAAGGACCCAUCGCAGCGCCAUCCCAACCGCUCACGCUCCCGCAUCCCGCAACGCGCACUGCAUCUUGGGACUUCUCGAUCGCCCGAGUCAUCUCCCACUCGAGCUGGACCAUCCCUAGCCCUCAAAGCCGAGAUUCAGAAAAUGGUGGGCACUGCAUUGAAACCGCAUUUGAAGAAAAGGAUCAUCUCGAAGGAGCAAUAUACCAAUAUCAACCGGUGUAUCUCUCGCAUGCUAUACGAGCGGGUCGGCGACAAAGAGACUCUUGAGCCAGACGAGCGCACCAAUAUUGACACAGAGGCCAAAUGCGAAGUGCAGAACACAAUAGAAGCACUGAGGAGAGAGGGCAAAGAUAAGCAGAAACAGCGCAUGGUGGCGACCGACACCGACGGCGAUAUUUAA